AUGAUAACUCUCUGGUUCACUCCCACUGAAAUGGCUCUUUUUUUCGGUGGUACCUGGAUAUUUCUCCUCCUGACACUGUCUUUAAUGCUGGCUGAAGGUGGCAAGAUCCUGGUGGUACCUCAGGAUGGAAGUCAUUGGCUCAGCAUGCGCCCAGCGGUGGAGAAACUGCAGCACAAGGGACACAAAGUUGUUGUGGUUGAGCCCGCAACGAGUCUGUAUAUGAAGUCAAAGGAGCCUCAGAAUUACACAGUGAAAGUGUACCCAAUACCUUAUACGGAUGAAUACUUGGGUGAAAUGCUCAAGACAUUUGUUAAUGCUCAUUUCAUUGAACAAUCUGUUUGGAAUGUUGUUCUUACCUCGUACCAAAGCACAAUAGAAAUUUCCUCGGUCUUCUUCACCAACUGUAAGAGCCUUCUGCAGAAUGAGGAGCUGAUGCAGUUCUUGAAAGAGAGCAACUUUGACGUGGUUUUCACUGAUCCCAUCCUGAUGUGUGGGCCCCUGGUGUCUGAGUAUCUUUCUGUUCCUUCCGUCUACUUCCUGCGGGGCUUUCCCUGUGGAAUGGAUUCUGCUGCUACCCAGUGUCCAAGCCCUCCUUCCUUUGUGCCCAGGUUAUUCUUGGAUAAUUCAGACAGCAUGAUGUUUUCCCAAUGGGUGAAGAACAUGCUGGUCAAUCUGCUGGAGCUCUUCUACUGUAAGCCUAUUUAUGAUAAAUUUGAAGAACUUGCAUAUGAGCUUUUCAAAAAGAAAGUGACAGCAACAGAACUCCUGAGCCGUGGAUCCUUGUGGCUGAUGAGAUACGAUUUUGUGUUCGAGUUCCCCAGACCAGUGAUGCCAAACAUGGCUUUUAUUGGAGGGAUUAACUGUGCUCAGAAGAAAAAUCUGUCCCAGGUUCAAAAUUCUGUUUGUUUUUUAUAUUGA